AGUUCACGAGGCAAGUGAAAAUGAACAAUUGCAUGAAUGAUGAGUGACAGAUCGAAACAAAAUUACAGAGGAUCAGGUGGUGGAUGCAGCUAAGGCGGUCUUGUGAAGGGAGACUAUAUUCAAGGGAUUUUGGCGAAAGAUUUAAAGGACUAGGAUCACUUCACAAUGAGUGACUCCGACCUCCAGCCUCUUAUCACUACUAUUGCAAAUACGUCGGAACAGACAGUUCCACAGGUUCUUUUAAAAUUAAAAGAUAUUCUAGGAAGAAAAUCUGUAGAAGAUGACAGAGACUUGGAGAAGCUGAAACAAGAUCUGUAUACUCAUGGUAUACUCCAAUACUGCUCUGCAGCCCUGAACUAUGAUUAUGAGAAAAUCCAAGGAGGCUACUCAACUGUUACACAAAUGGCUGAAAUUCUGAGCACAUGCUGCGUGGGCUUCCAUCCUGUAAGAAACAAAGAGGCAUUUCAGAAUGAAGUCCUUCCUUCUGCUGCUGACAGCUUGAUCUCCCUGGCAAAGAUCUUAAUGGACAAAGCUGUGGAGGGCAAAGGAAAAACUGGUACCAUUCGCCACUUUCAGAAAGUAAUGGAUUCCAUUUCUUGGUUUUUGAAGGGACACAAUCGGUUAAUUCCGCAGGUUCUACAGUCUAAGCAGUAUGAAGAGAUACAGCUUUCAGAGAAUGAGGAAAUUGGUAUGAUAUCUCUGCAGCUGUUGCAAAGUCUCAUUCAGGCAAACAGUGCAUUCUUGAGUGACAUCAGACAUGGGGCCGUGAAAGGCAUUUUGGACGACAUCGUCUACAAGCUGGGUUGCAGCUCCAGCCCAGCCGCUGGCAGAGCAGCCACAAAGACCCUGCUCUCAAUCGCCCUCAGCCAAAGGUCCAUCGCAGAGGUCAUCCCAGAACAGUACCAAGGUUUGGAUUCCCUUUUGAAAAACGACUGGAUCGGGAAAGGCUUUGAUACGGAAGUGCUGCAGCUUAUCGACCUUCUUUACCCUGGGGUCAGUGCACGAGAGCCAGCUCAGGACUUCUCAGAAGAGAAAGUCAAGGCGGUGUGUGUGAUCCAAGCAGCUUGGAGAGCCUUCCAGACACGGAGAAGAAUGAAAAAGCUCCCAAAAGCUGUCAGUGUCCUCCAGAGAAGCUUCCGGGAGCGCAGGCGACUCCAGGAGACACAGUCCCAAAGGCGAAGGGCAGAGGAGGAGCUGAAGCACCAGGUGCUGCUUCGCCGACAGAGGGCGCGACGCGAGUUCAGACAGCGCCAGCUCCAGCUGCUGGAGGCCGUGCCUGCAGGUCAGGUGAACCGGUUCCUGGGUGACCUGGAGCUGAGGGCUGCAGUGAUGAUCCAGAAGGUCUGGAGGGGGCACAGAGAGAGGCGCAACUUCCAGCAGCAGGAACAGGCCCUCAGGCAGUUCAAGGCUGCAGUCACCAUCCAAAGAGCGGCCCUGCGCUUUCUGAAGCGUCAGAGAGCCAGAAGGCACAGGCUGUCUCCUUGGAAGGGCCCCAGAGGUCUGACGGAUGCCAGAAGAACAGAGCUUAAGAAACAAGUGGAUGACUACAUCGCCCUUCAUCCCCGUUCCUCGAUGUCGGCGGAGGGCUGCAGGGAGCUCCACCAGAGGGCCCAGGAGACGCUGCGGCAGCACCUGAUGAGGAGGGACACAGAGCGCAGGGCGGAGCAGCACCGACAGGCCCUCCUGGCGCAGAUCAACACCGACCUGGAGCUGCUGAUGAAUGCUCCCGCUCUGACCGAGGCGACAGAAAUGGAGUCGAGCGUGUUCCUGAGCCGGUCGGCUCCCGUAGCCAUGCGAGCCAGACAAUCCCACAGUGCCCUGCUUCAGGCUGCGCGCUGCCCCUGGUGGAAGAAACUGGGGGACGAGCUCUCGGACCCUGAAUCUGUGCACAAAGACAGCAUAGACACAGAGCUUCAGAGAUUAUUCCUGGGUGGAAAUUGAAUAAUCUCUGAAUCUGUGCACAAAAACAGCAUAGACACAGAGCUUCAGAGAUUAUUCCUGGGUGGAAAUUGAAUAAUCUCUGAAUCUGUGCACAAAGACAGCAUAGACACAGAGCUUCAGAGAUUAUUCGUGGGUGGAAGUUGAACAUCCUUAUCAGUUCAGCAUUUUACAAUCAUACCUACAGCAGUAAUACAGCAAGCACCAUUAGUAAGACCAUUAGUGGGUACCUUGAAUGGCAUUCCUACACAAUCAGGGACUGCAUUUAUUAUCUAUGCUGACUGUAUGAAGGAACCUGCUGUGAUUGUUGUAUCUUUAUACUUCUUUGUGUAUAUUUUUGGAGAUAAUGCAUUUCAUAUUUAUAUUUAAUAUUCCUUUUUCUAGAUAAAUUGCUUUGUUACAAUAUUUAUUAAAAUUAUUUUACUUUGUUGUUCAUCA